AUGUCUUCUACCUCUUCUUGGGCUAUCAAGCCAAGACCAAUAUCCCGCCGCUUCACUACUCUCGAAGGGUGGCGUGAACUUGGGAAUGGCGUCUACGUUGCAAGGAAUAGCCUACGCAUCUUUGCUGUUGAAAAUCAAUUCGACCCCGAAAGCUACAAUGGAGACCAUACUUCAUGGACGCAUUCUCAGAGAUCGGAGAAUGGCAGCCUUAAAGCGUCAUCGUGGAGUUCCGAACAAGACUGGAUGGCGAGCCUACCUGGUGAGAAAAAGGGUACGGUAGCAAUUGGAGAGAUUGUAGAAGAUGAGGUUUAUCAUGUCUUUGGAAAUAAUGAGAGGUGGGGUGUUGUUGCCAUGAUUGGGGUGGCGGGGUUGUUCUCGGGCCUCUCCUCAAACAUCUUCUUUCCGUCACUCGACGCUAUUUCCCAAGACUUGAAAGUUAGUCUCACCACAGUGUCAUUGACUAUCACGUCGUAUCUCAUCAUACAAGGAAUCUCACCGCUAUUCUGGGGGUCUCUGUCUGAUACAGUAGGGCGAAGGCCGAUAUACAUCUACUCUUUCGUAGUGUACAUCAUCGCCAACAUUGGCUUGAGUUUCUCCCCAGAUUUUCUAGUGCUGUUGAUUUUCAGGGGUCUGCAGGCUGCAGGGAGUGCUUCUACCGUCAGUAUCGUAAGAAACUUCAGUAUAGCAGUUGGCCCUGUGCUUGGAGGAAUUUUGGCGAACUUUUUUGGAUUUAGGUCCAUCUUUGUUUUCCUCCUGAUACUCUCUUCAAUUGUUCUCAUCGCCAUAAUCAUAUUUCUCCCUGAGACGCUUCACAGCAUUGCCGGGAAUGGCUCUCUUCGCCUCACCGGCAUUCACCAACCAUUGAUCCGCGGGAUUCAAAAAGAGGCGCCCUACAUGACCGAUCGCGAUGAUAGCUACAGACCCAAAAGGAUCACUCUGAAGACGUUUGCUGAGCCUCUCCUACUUCUCACAGAGAAAGACAUCCUGCUCAGCCUCAUCUUUGGCGGCACGGUUUACGCUAUAUGGAGUAUGGUAACAUCUAGCACUACAGGCCUCUUCAAACAAGCUUUUGGUCUUAAUGAACUUCUUCUCGGUCUUGUAUUCCUUCCCAACGGUCUUGGUACAAUCGUCGGAUCCAUGGUCAUUGGAAGCUUAAUGAAUAAGUCCUACAUGGAGAUGGAGUCGAAGUACAAGGAAACUCACGGACUACCUGCCGACUAUAAACUACCUAAGAAGGCUAUCCCGGCUGAUUUUCCGAUUGAACAUGCGCGCCUACGACAUACUAAAUGGAUUACCGUAAUCUUCGUCGUCGGUGUUUGUUGCUAUGGCUUCUCUCUAGCCCUACCCAGCCUCGUAUCAAGACCAGGCUGGAUUGCGGUUCCGCUGACGAUUCAGUUUUUGAUUGCAGCAACCUCCAAUGCAAUCUUUGCUGUCAAUCAGACAAUGGUAUCUGAUCUAUGUCCUGGAAAGGGGGCUUCUAGUACGGCAAUCAAUAAUCUUGUAAGAUGCUCUAUGGGUGCAGUGGGUGUCGCGUUCAUUGAGAAGAUGAUUAUGGCUAUGGGCGUUGGGUCGGCGUUUUUGGGCCUUGGACUAGCGAUGAUUGGCGUCGUACCACUGGCGGUAGUGCAAUGGUAUUGGGGCCCAGAAUGGAGAAGAGAGAGGAUAAGGAAGAACACAGACAGGAAGGAGAUAGAGAAGUAG